CCGGACACGGGACGCGCGUGGUGAGCGGCCAGAUGGUGUGUGUUGAUGGUGAAGCGGAGCCCUGCUAUAAGAUUGCAUAUUUCCGUGAUAUGUCGAGCCGCGUUGCAUUCUGGGAGGCCCGGCAGGCGUGCGGGAUGGACGGCGGUGCACUGCUGAGCAUAGAAAGCUUGGCUGAACAGAGAAACAUAGAGAAUCUUUUACAGGAGCUGCGUAGUGGGGCGGUGGGCGGUACCGGUACCAGUGGGAUAGCAGACGGUGAUUACUGGAUCGGGUUGACCCGGGCCGAUGCAGGAGACCAGAACCACCCAGAAAAUACGAACACCUUCACCUCCUGUCCUGAACUAUACCGCUGGACCGACGGCAGCGUGGCCACAUUCAGGAACUGGUAUUUUGAUGAGCCGUCCUGUGGUGGAGAGGCCUGUGUGGUUAUGUACCAUCAGCCUACUGCACUUCCUGGUUUGGGCGGAGCCUAUCUCUACCAAUGGAACGAUGACCGCUGUAACAUGAAACACAACUUCAUCUGCAAAUAUGAACCAGAGAGCCACCUUGUCAAAAAGCAGGCAAGGAGGCCAGGAGGGCGCGGCCCAGAGGCGACAGUAGAGACGGUCAAAGUCCCAUACCCUGGAGUAAAGGAAGACAGUCCAGAUGUAAUUAUAACUGGAACCUCAGGGAUGCUGUUGGUUUAUGUCAUCAUCCCCACAAUCCCACUGCUCCUGCUCAUCUUGGUGGCUACCGGGACUUGCUGUUUUCAGAUGAUCUGUAGAAGUAAGCCCCGAACCAAGACCAGUGUCAACCAGUCAAAUCUCUGGAUCUCCAACACGCCUAAGGUUGACAGCAUGGAAGUGUGA